CCCAUCACUACAGAGUCUGCACGAGCAGCGCAUGCUCCUGGGUCCAGUCUGAUAGAGACGAGAUGGCGGCAGCAGCGUCUAAGAGGAUGAGCGUCCGACAGAGAGUUCCUGCUAAGAGCGACCGGGACCGGACCAGCCAGGAAGUCAGCACCGGGAAACAGAGAGGAAGAGAUGGACUUAAACAACACCACUGUGACAAAUCCUUCAGAACAUCUGGACAGUCAAAGAAUCAUCGGAGAGUUCACACUGGAGAGAAACCGUACAGCUGUGACCAGUGUGGGAAGGUUUUCUCUACUUUAAGUAAUCUAAAAAGUCACAAAUAUCUUCACAUGGGGGAGAAACCAUACAGCUGUGAGCAGUGUGGGAAAAAUUUUACCCGAUCAUUGGAGCUAAAAAUUCACAUGCGCACUCACACUGGAGAGAAACCGUACCGGUGUGAACAGCGUGGGAAAACAUUUACUCACAGUAAAACCCUGAAACGGCACCAAUGCGGUCACGCUGCAUCGCUGUAAACAUUUUUCAGAGCCAAGCUAGCUCUUGCCUGCUGCCUCCUCCUCAUGCUGUGUUAUAUUGUGAGCUUCUCUUUAAACUGAGAGAUAGACAACAGUAACUUUAUAUUCUGAGCAGCAUGUGCGUUAAUGUGUUAACUGUUUCUACUGAUGUUAUUAUGAAUUCGUAAACAAGUGUCAAUGAGCUGAAUUUUUGUACAUUUUUAAUACACUUCAGAUCUCAAACCUGUAAAAUAAUAUUUAAAACUCACCGUUCAGCUGCUGGCACUAUUCCACUAGCACUGCGAGGAAGAAGUGCUUCCUUACCGUCCAUUAAUCUGCCAAGUGCCCAUAAUAUCACUAAUAAAAUGUAGGGACUUUAGGAGCCGUCAGCCCUUCCUCUCUGAUCUCUCUGGGACGUCCCAGAUGACCACUCUCUCUCUGGGGAAGUCGGAUAUGAAACUCAGCAGAAGGACAUAAAUCCUUGAGAUGAGUUUUAUUAACCCAAGUGUAAAUAAAUGUACAGUCACUGGUUCAGUAAUAAUCUCACUUGAUUGCUUUUUGAUGGUUGGCGCAAUUCUGAUGAUUUUCGCAUAAAGUUUUAAGUAAUCAGAAGUUAGAAGUUUAACAGUUAAUGGGAUUCUUGUCAUCCCUGCGUUUCUGUUGUUUUGUGUAAGAUGAGUUAGUAUAUGUGUGAUCAAACUAAGUGUUGAAUCUGCUACCAUUUUAUUAGUAGUGUUGAAUUUAUGCUUCUGAUAGUUAAGUGGUUAGGAAGCUUAUUAUUAACUGUGUUAGGUUUAUAUAACAUGUGUGUGAUGGAUGCUCAACGUCAACCCUGUUUUUAUGAUGUGACUGUGCGAGACAUGUUAAAUUAUAUAGUUCCAUAAUGUAGAAGAAACCACAAAGAAAGAUGAUUAGUUACGAGGCGUAAAACAGUUUGAGUGUGAAAACCUUUCCUCCUCCUCCAAUACGCACCCUAUCUGAUGGUGGUCCGGCCUCUUUCACCUAUGUUUCUUUACCACUACAUUACUCUUCUACAAUAAUAAUAAUAAUAAUAAUAAUAAU